AUGGCUGUUCAAGCCUCCUUCUGGUUUCUGGCUCUCAUUUGGCUCAGGAUUGCUAGCAUCGCCAGUUGUUUGACUGUAGUUAAAAACAUCCCCUUUCCCAGUCUCAUAGAUGUCACGAUUGAUGAACUGACGGAAGGUCUGGAAAAUGGUCUUUUCACCAGCGUCGAUCUUGUCAACGCCUACCUGGGUCGUAUUUCUCAAGUCAACAGCACACUGAAUGUGGUGACGGAGGUGAACCCCGAUGCGCUCUCCAUCGCAGCCGAUCUGGACGCCCAGAGAUCCAAUGGCACAUUGAAAGGCCCUCUUCACGGGGUUCCCAUCCUUAUUAAGAACAACAUCGCGACCGCUGAUCAGAUGAACAAUACUGCUGGCUCAUGGGCACUUCUGGGGGCCAAAGUACCAAAUGAUAGCUUCAUGGCGAAGAAGCUCCGCGAGGCUGGCGCCAUUAUCCUGGGCAAGACGAACUUGAGCCAAUGGGCAAAUUACAGAAGUAACAACACCAGCAACGGCUGGUCUGCUUAUGGUGGCCAGGUUUAUGCCGCUUACUAUCCUCAACAGGACCCCAGCGGGAGCUCGAGUGGUAGUGGAGUAGCAUCGGAUUUGGGACUUGCCCUUGCAUCGUUAGGAACCGAGACCGAUGGCUCCAUCUUGUCACCCGCUCAACGUAGCAAUCUGGUCGGGAUCAAGCCAACCGUUGGUCUUACAUCAAGACACCUUGUAAUCCCAAUCAGCGAGCACCAAGACACAAUUGGACCUAUGGCUCGAACGGUUAAAGACGCGGCAUACAUCCUCCAUGCCAUCGCUGGAACGGACCCCAAUGACAAUUACACUUCUGCAAUCCCAAACGACGGCGAGAUCCCGAAUUACCCAGCAGCAUGCGACAUGUACGCCCUCCGUGGCGCUCGUAUUGGCAUCCCACGUAACGCCAUCGAGCUAUUUUCCGACAACACGACCGGUAUCGAGACCGAUGCCUUUGAGGAAGCCCUCGAGGUUUUCAAAUCAGCGGGGGCAAUCAUUGUCGAUAACGCGAAUUUCACCGCUGCGGAGCAACUAGCACAGUCGAAUUCGGAAACCAUCGUCCUGAACGCAGACUUCAUCACUAAUCUAGCGGCUUAUCUUGCCGAGCUAACAUUCAACCCCAACAACCUAACGUCUCUUGCCGAUGUACGGGAGUUUACGCAGACUUUUGACCUGGAAGACUACCCGGACCGUAACACGGCUAUAUGGGACGACGCUCUGGGUGAGCAAGGCUUUAACAACACUGAUCCUCGGUUCUGGGAUGCGCUGCAGGAGAGCGAGUAUCUCGGCGGAGAGGGAGGGCUGCUCGGGACGCUAGAGAGGCACAAUCUGGAUGCUGUCAUCUUGCCCACUAGCUUUUCAAGCACAUGGGCUGCAAUCAUUGGAGCGCCGGUUGUGACGGUUCCCCUUGGGUUCUACCCCGCGAAUGCGACAGUGGUCAAGAACAGGAGGGGGAACUUGGUGGACACCGGACCGCAUGUGCCUUUCGGUAUCAGCUUCCUUGGUGCGAAGUUCCAAGAAGCUAAGCUCAUUGGGUUGGCUUAUGCCUAUGAGCAAAGGACGCUGAACAGGGGCAAGGUCCAACCAUACAUCACGCCCAACAUUGAGAUAGGAGAUUACGCCGGGUAUUGA